UAGAAUCCAGUUUCUGUUUGAAUCUGGCCUGUGUCUAACCAGUUCCUGCAUGACACAGGGAUGAUCGGAGGGCAAGUGGGAACAGAAGCGGGAUGACAGAGGGGAGGGGAGCCAAGGAGCUGGGCAGAGGCAGCUACGAGAGAAGAGAGAUGGGGAGAGAUGGGAAAAGGAGACUGGGGGGAGAUGGCGAGAGAGGCAGGGAGACAGAGAGAGGGUGACAGGGCUUGAGAGGGGCAGAAAACUAUGAAGAGAGGGAGGGACCGGGGGCCGGGGAGAGGAAAGUGACAGAGAAGGAGACCUGGGAGAUGGAACAAGGGGCGGGGAGAGAAGAAGGGGGGAAGAGGGCAGAGAAAUCAAGGGAAAGAGUGGAGGAGAGCUGGGGAGAGAGACGGAGAGAAAUCAAGGGAAGGAGAAGGGGAGAGAGGGAGGGAGGGAGCGGGGCAGAGAGAUGGGGGGAGAAUGAGGAAGAGAGACCGGUAGGGAGGGGUGAGGGAAGAGACCCCAGGAUACAGGGACAGACAGAGGGGGAGACAGACGUGUGGGAAGGAAGAUUUUGGGACAUGCAGAGAGUCCCUGAGGUUAGGGGGACCCAGAUCACUAUGUGGCCUCCGCCUUCCGGUUCGUCCAUAGUCUUUUCCCAGGGCUUCAAAGAGGAGAAGGAGGAGGUGGUAGUGGGGAGAAGGAACUGGGGUGGGUGGCCCAGUCAGAGCUCUUCUCCCCACCCUCCUGAGACACCCCUCACCCGCCUUCCCAGGAUGCAGCCAGAGGUGGAGCCCCCGCGCUCCUCCACCAAGGGCCACCCCAGCAUGCACAGGGAGGCAGGAGCCCUCCUUGUGGACCUAGGGACCCCGGAGGAGCUUCAGACUUGGAGCCUGGGCAGGCCGGGCAAAUCCUCGAAGCAGUACCUGCGCCAGGUCAUUGCAGAAUACGAGGCGCUGGACCGAGAGCUGCCGUGCAUCCGGAAGUUCCCCACGCCCCCCGCUGCCCAGCCCCUCUGCCUGUGCAUGGAGACCUCUCCCGAGGAGGACCUUACCCACCUGGAGGUGCUGGAGGCGCUGGAGGCCGAGUUACCUGGGGCCAUGGAGAGCGGGCGCGUGAGCAGCAUCCGCUUUGAGAACAUGAACGUCAUCUGUGGGACUGCGGGACGGCGGGACAGGUGGCUCAUCACGGUCACGGACUUCCAGACUCGCUCGCGCCUGCUGCGCUCGGGGCUCCGCCUCCGCGGGCUCGCGCACCCGCUCGUGCGCCACGACGAGCUGCUGCUGGGCGACUACCGCCUGCACCUGCGCCGCUCGAUGGUCCGACGGCGCAUGCUCGAGGCUCUGGGGGCGGAGCCGACCGAGGAAGAUUGACGCGUGGGGCCGGGCCCCGGCUGCGCUUGCGCACCGUCCAGCGGGCUCCGGCUCCCCUCCCAGAAAACCCCGGAGGGAAGGGGGCGUUGCCUCCCCAGGAAGGAGGCGGGACCGGCUCGAGGGGGUGGAUACUGUGAGUUUAAUUAUAAAGAAUGACCUGGUACAAAAGCCAUUUCUCUCUGCAAAAUCUUGGUGGGGACUCAGGGGGAGGGAGGUGAUGGGGGGUAGGGACGAACCCCCAUAAUAUAAUCCCGCCUC